UUAAAAUGUCAGCUGUCAACUGUCAAAAAAAUUGAUUUGUUGUUUUGAUUGCUGGUCUGAAAAAUACGGAAAUGUAUUGAAACUAAACACAAAUGUAUUAAAAUCGAAUAAGAGUGGCUGUAUAAAUACAUUAGUAACAAUGGGUGAUGGUAUAAACUCUCUAGAAGAUCAUGAAAUGCUCAAAGCUCUGUACGACUUCGAGGCAACAUUGGCCAAAACGCUCACAUUUACGGAAGGAGAAUUUUUCUUUCUUCAGCAGAGCAAUGCUAAGCAAAGGAACUGGUGGCAUGUCGUUAAUAGAAAAGGUCAAGUCGGCUUCGUGCCCUCGAAUUACGUCGCGGCAGUCAAGGUUGAGCCAGAAUUUUAUCUGGCGUUCCUGAACGAUUGUAUUAGGAAUAUAAGUGAGAGUAAUUCGAUGUCGCAGAAGCAAGAUUUACUUCUGAAGUUGAGUGAGAAGAAGAAACAGCUUCAGAUAACUUUGAAGCCGCAUGGGAAGAAGGCACCAGCUCCCAAACCUCCGCCAAGGCUUGACGACAGCACUCCACCUAAUGGUGUGUCACCAUCUUUUGAUUUGAGACCUGUAGUUUCACAGCAGCACAUCAGUGAAGAGAGAGAGUCUUCACAGUCUCCAACAAAACCUGCUAAUAGUGUUCUUAAAGAUGAUGAGGAAGUGAGAAAGAAACCAAAUGUUGGCAAGACCUCGUCUAACCAGGUGUCGUCAGACACAGACAAUCAAGAUGACAGCCAGGACAGCAGUGAGAGCAUCAAGCCAAAUGCUAUUUAUGAAAUUGUUCAAGCUGUGCGGAAAGAGACACAACUUAGCCAUGAAAUGUCUAAAGUGGCUGUUGAAACUGUACUAAUAUCUUUAAGAGAAUUUCUACCAGGUGGCGCUGCAAGAUCUAUCAUAGAUGCUCUGCUCCGUGAAGCCAAUAGUAACAUCACAUGUCCAAAGAAUGCCAUAGACGCUGCACCGGACGCCUUGCGUAUGAUGACAGCUCUCAACGCUCUCUCGAAGGCAGCUAACGACGCGCAGCAAAGAGGCUGGGCCCUCCAUGAUGAUGCCCAUGACAUACAAACGCAACUGCUCGAGUUAAUCUCUGUUAUGUCGAAUGCGGAUGUGAACAUUUCCCAGCAUGUUCUGAGCAGCCACAAGUAUGUGUAUGUGACAACCCUAGUGCAGUAUUAUCAGAUGGAGACCAGGUGGCCAUUACGGCAGCUGCUGUUACAGGCGUUUGGCGUGAUGUGUGGGUUGGAGAGGACAGCCCUCGCUACGCUAGCGCUGUCGGCUUUGCCCGCGGAGAUAGCGCGGGACAUGCACGACAACCCCAGGGCCGUCAGCCGACUGUCACACUCCGCUUUACUCCUCUCCAUGGUACUUUCUAUGGGGGAUAAACUGCCUAUCACGCAUUUUGAACAACUUGGUGUGGAGUUCGCCCAAUUCGUUUUGGAGCUGAUCGAGAAUCCGCCAGAGACGGAUGUCGACGAGCAGAUCCCGGAUCUGUUCCUGACUCUACUCCUGGCUUACAACCUGCAGUUCGAAGAUCCAUAUGAUAACAUCCUACUGAACGGCUUGGAGACCAGGGACAUUGCUAAGACGUUCUGCGAGAAAGUUCUUUUGCUUCUCAAUCGUGAAGAGGACCCGGUCCAUAUUUUCGACCACGAACCGGCGCCGGCGCAUUCUGUGUUGAAGCUUGCGAUUGACGUGUUUAGCCGCAAGAAGACAGCGGAGCAUUUCUACACCAAUGAUGUGAAGGUCGCCAUCGAUAUUAUUGUAAGGCAGUUAGCUGACCUGUCUCCCGGAGACUCGCGCCGUGAACAAUACCUACGUAUCCUACAAGGCAUUAUUCGGAAUACCGACUACGGGGCCCACGUGCAUCGUCGAGACGACCUCCUUCGUUGCUUCGCGAGGAUCUUCUGCGAGGAGGGAGACACCAGCCGCGAUGACCAGACCCUGGUUAGGGCCAUCUCUAACGAAUUCCCCCAAUACUUCAAACCUUAAGACCAUUUAUACGUCAAACAAAUUGGCUCUGAUCGAAAAAGGUUGUCAGAUAUCCCGAGAAAUUAUCUGUGGCUAAAUGAAGAUUACGUGGAGAUUUUUUUUUUAAUCUGUGAGUUGUAUUUCUUUAUUUAAAAUUCAAUUGUUAGAUUUUGCUUUUCAUUUUUUUUUUAAACGAACGUAGUGUUUUUUUUUUGGUAACUGGCAAUUGGAAGAAGUUUUUGAAUCUGGCAACCUGAGUUAAGGAUUAAUCUCUUUUUGUCUAUGAGAUUGAAACUGUGUUCAGAUGUAGGUAUCGCGUGGAAGGCGCUUCGGCUGUGUCUAUGUUAAGAAGUUCUGAUAAUUGCGUCUUGAAAUGGAUCUAGGUAUCACGGCUAGUGUAAUCAAUAUCUUUUACCGUUUGCUUACUGUUUAGGGCCAUUGGUGGGACGUAAUAGGUGUCAGUAUAUUAUGUUAUUUGGUCGCCAUGGUUACGGAAUGGUGGUUCAUAUUUCCCACCGAAUAAACUAAUUAAACAAGCCAUUUAAUACAAGAUAUAGUAUAUGAAUGCUGUUAGUGCUCCUGUGUGUUACACGUGUUUGAAGUCAAUAGAUUAAUUAGUUAAAUACAAGUAUUAAAAGUAUGCUUAUAACGACGUAAUUCCGAUUUCAUGCGAAUCAGAUCUCGCGAUAUACGUAAAUUCUUCUCGAUAUUAAAAUUAAAUCUAAGCUUUCUGUGUGGCAUUACAGCCAACAUAUUUAAUUCAUUGUUUAUUAUAAUGUAGAUUAAAAUUGUUGCACAAUUUAUAGUACCUAUAUUUUGCAUGGCAACUUAAUCGCACGUCUAACCACAAUAGUAUAGAGAAAAUCGUGUAAAAAUCUAAGUAUUCAUAUUUAAUGUUAUUCAUUCUCGUUAAAUAUCUGUCGUAUAUCUUCUAAGAUUUAUUGUCUUAGAUUACAUAUAAAUUUUAAAGUAAAAUCAAUUCGAAAUGUAUUUAUUAAUCAUCUUUCUAUAAAUUAACAGUAUUUACACUGCAUUUAAAUCUUAUUUUAUGUACCAAAAAUGUUGAAUUACGUUACGUAAUUUAGCUUAGGCUGUAAGCAUUUAUUUUACUAAAGUGUGCUGUUGAAAAACUUGUAAGAGCUCUGUUUAAAAGUAAGCGAAAAAAAAUAAGUCAAAGUCCCAUUCUAAAAGCCACUAUGCCAGUUCUCCUUAAGCUAGUCAUAUAUACCCGUAAUGCAAAUGUAUCAAAGACGUGACAAGACCAGACAAUGUGACUGAUUUAUAUCAUCAAAAUCGAAUAAGUCUCACUUAUCUACAUUAACUUACAACAGACACCUUAACAAGUUUUUUAAACUUAUCUGUAGUCGGCCAUUAGUCACCAAAGAUAUUAGAGUUUCCUUACAAUCCGCUCAUUUGACAGUCAAUUAAAUGCUUUAAAAUAAGUAUGUCCGGUCCAAAACGCAUGUUAUGUAAACAUUCCGCUAUUUUAAAGCUUUUUAAUAAGUGUAAAUUUUCGGCCUAAAACUUGUUUAUUUCCAGUUUUGUGGUACCUACUGAUUUUUAAGCUCUUUAUGUUAAAAAUAUCAUAUAAGUGACUUACACUCGCAUAUUAGUCCAAUUAAAUCGAGUCCAGGUUUCAAUCGAAUUGAGAUUGAGUAGUGUGAAACCCGAUACUAGCGCCAAUGCGUGGCACAAAUUGGAACUACGCGGCAAAAAUUGGGUGACAGCUACCGACCGACAUUAAUCGAUCACUACUUGAUGUUGGUUUAAUUCGAUUUUCCAUUUCAUUACGAAUUCGAUAACGAAAUCUAAUUUGAAUCAAAAAAGUUUCGAAACUUAAGCCUGAAGUUAAAACUGAAUAAUUGUAUAACAGUGCCAAGAGUUAUAUUUUACUAAGUCAAGCAACUCCUAUUAGUGCAUACUAAUUAUAUUUCUGUGUAGAGUUGUCAUUGUACUCUGUAUGUUCGUCCUUAAGUUAAAAAAUAGCAAUAAACUUUACGUAAAAGUUUUAGAGGAAUGUAGAUUGCGUUGCGAUAAAUUAUAUAUAUUAGUAUAUUUUUUCUCUUAUAGUACUGUAUCGGCCUAAUUUCUUCAAUAAAACAUGCGCACGUACUUAUAGAAAAGAGAAUAUUUUUCUAGUCGUUAUCAUAAAUGAUAUAAAAUUGAUAUUAAUUGAAAUUGCUACUAUAGUUUUGGGAUGUUAUAUAUUAAGUCAAAUUCUAUCACAAUUCACUAGCAGCUACGGCUCAUUUUGACGAUGCCAGAAAUAUUGUGUAAGUUGUGAUACAUAGCCGACGAUAAUUUGAGACUAGAUGGCGUUGUGUGAAUGUUGUGAAAUAUUGUAUUAUUAUUAUAUAUCAUGUUAGAUCCCUUAGUUGCGCGCCUGCACAAUGUAUUGCAACUUGCAUGGUAUUUCUCGCAUCGUCUAAAUGGGCCUUUAGUUAUAAAAUACUUAUAUUUUAGUAAUUCGGUAGAUAAACUUCAUUCAAAUACUCUUUAGUUAUGUUUUCGACUUAUGUAUGAAAUCAGUUGCAAUAUACAUGGUGUGUCGUUUUAACGAGUAUUUAUUGUGGAGUGAUGAUA